AUGCGCAGGCGCGCCCGGCCCCCCGCCGUUCUCGCGAGACCUGCCCGCGCCCGAGGAGCGGGAUUGUCCCGCCCCGCGUUGCCAAGCGACCAGAGCCCCGCCCCCCCCCGGCCGUGGGGGAGGGGAUGCGCCCACGCGUGCUGCUGCUCGUGGCGAAGGCGGGAGCGGGCCGCGCAAACAAGAUGGUGGCGCCCUGGGGGGUGGGGGCGCCGCUUCCGCGCGCCGCGUGAGCCCGCUGUUGCUCCGGCGCUGACACCGGCUUCGCUCCCAGCAGAGACCAAGGUGUACGUGGGGAACCUGGGCACGGGCGCGGGCAAAGGCGAACUAGAGAGAGCCUUCAGCUACUACGGGCCCCUGAGAACCGUGUGGAUCGCGCGGAAACAGCCGGGGUUUGCCUUCGUGGAGUUUGAAGACCCGAGGGAUGCUGAAGAUGCUGUGCUCGGCCUCGAUGGGAAGAUAAUAUGUGGCUCCAGGGUUAGAGUGGAAGUGUCAACAGGGAUGCCUCGUCGCUCCCGUUACGACAGGCCUCCUGCACGGCGCCCCUUUGACCCUAAUGACAGAUGCUAUGAGUGUGGUGAGAAAGGCCACUAUGCUUAUGAUUGUCACCGCUAUAGUCGCCGAAGGAGGAGCAGGUCCCGGUCUAGAUCCCGUUCAAGGUCCCGAGGAAGAAGGUAUUCUCGGUCACGCAGUCGGAGUCGCGGUAGGAGAUCAAGGUCAGCUUCUUACCGCAGGUCCAGGUCAAUCUCUCCUCGUAGGUAUAGAUCAUUUUCACCACGCAGAUCUCGGUCUGGUUCUUUAAGGAGAUCAAGAUCUAGGUCCAGAUCGCGCUCAAGGUCCCGGUCUGUUGUAUGGCCUCGAAGCAGGUCUGGGUCCCAUGGUAGAUCUAAAUCUGGCUUACCUGCUAAAAGUCGCUCAAAGUCCAGAUCACCAUCUCCAAAGAGAAGUCAUUCACCAUCAGGAAGCCCUUGAAGGAGUGCAAGUCCUGAAAGAAUGGAUUCAAAUUCAAAAAGUUUAAGAAGAAAAUUUAUUUUGUUUACAUUAUUAUAAGGGAUUUUGUGGUGUCUUUAUAAAUGUAAGGGCUUAGUCCUAGAAGGCUGUUUCUAUUGACUAACAAUUGGCAUGAAUCUGGAUCUUUUAAAAGUCUUAUUAGUAGACAAAUGCGAAACUCUUGUUGUGUUAAUGUUCUGUGAUCUGGAAAUGUUGGGCUUUUUUUUAUUGGCGCGUUGAAAUAAACUGUGCAUUUCUAACUAAGAAAUAUUUUGAUAACCCCGUUAAUAUUUGGGUAGCUGAACCAGGUCAUGUGCCACUAUGGUGAAAAGCAGGAGGCAGGCUGUUAAGGGCACCUGUGAACUGGGGGGAG